AUGCAAUCUUCCAAUACAGAUUAUAUGUGUCAUAUUCCACAAGUCUCAAGUAAUAAUCAACAUGAUCCAUUUGCCACAAUUGAAGAAGAAAGUCGAAGUGAGAAGAUCAAAACAGCGGUAAAACAAAUAAAGGAAACUUUAGAAAAUGCAUGGCUUUUCCAUAAUUCAGGUUAUUGGUCAUUUGGAUUUAAAUUUGGUCAAGAAUUAUCACAAUUUCAUGGGAAGGAAAAAGAUUUCUUAGAAAACAAAAAUGUUAGAUAUAUAUUAGGUGUUCCGAACAAAAGUGAUAACUAUAAUGAUUAUUCUUUACAUAAGGAAGGUGGUGUUUGGUUUCUUCGAUAUAAUUUGAAGGGCGGUACAACUUGUGAUUUGACAGGAAGACCAAGAACAGCUGAAAUUCAAUUUAUGUGUGAUCCAUCACAUGUUGAUCCAAGUUUAAAUUGGGUUAAGGAAUAUAAAUCAUGUCAAUAUCAUGCUCAGAUAUCAAUACCACAACUAUGCUCGGAUGACUUGUUUGGUAUGAAUAAAGAAGAAAUCAUACAUGAAAUUGAAUGUACUAAAGUUAUUGAUCAAGAUACAGAAUUUAUUGAAAAGGAUAAAUUGAUUCAAAAAUCAUUUACUGAUCAUGAUGACAAAAUAUCAAUAGAGGAUUAUGAGUUAGAAUCAAUUGGAAAUGGUAUAUUUCUGGGGAAACCAACCAAUCAAAAUAAAACAAAUAUAUUCAUCACAAAUUCUGAAGAUAUUAAUAAUGAACUUUUAGGUAAACUAUCAAGUGCAUAUGCAAAAGGUUUAGUGACGUCCAAAAUUAAAAUACCAGUAACACCUGGAUCUCCAGUUGGAACUUCACAAAUUGCUAAACUUCUGUAUGAAACUUAUGUUUAUAAUGUUAGAGGUGAAUACUUAACUACUGUACAAAUUCAAUGGAGAGAAAAUGGUCAACUGGUGACUUAUAAUCGUGAAGGAUUAAGUCUGUUGAAACAUAAUUUCAAAAAAAUUGUUAGCGAGGAUGAGAAUGGUGUGGUUAGUAGUUCAUUAGAUGAUAACUCAAAUAAUAAUCCAGAGGAAAAGGUAGUAGAUCAUGCAAAAAAUGAAGAGAAUGAGGAAAAUAAAGGCAAUGAAGGCGUUGAAAGUAAUGAAGGUGUUGACGGUAAAGCAGACGAAAAAACUUCUGAUGAGUAUAAAGAGACUGUUAUUGAAGUGGAAGUUUUGGAUGAUGGUGACGUGUCUAAUGAACCUGAAGAGCAAACCAUAGUUCAUGAUGAACUUUGA